AUGCAAACAGCGUCCAGCAGUGCAUCAUCCGGAAUGGCGACGUCUCCGUCGGCUCAGACGAAGACUCAGCAACCACCAGGUCAGCAACAAUCAUCUCAGCAGCAGCAGCAGAUGUACGAUCCACAGGUCGGUUUUUUCGCCGUCUCUCAAAAACUUGUUGCGUUUUAGAUGCAAUACUACUACGCAGCUCCGAUGCCAGCUGGAGCACCGACGAUUCCGACUUUCGUGCCACAGAAUGGGAACGGCCAGACGUUUGCUCCACAAGCCUACUACCAGGACCAAAACGGACAGUACGUGCCAGUUGGACAGAAUGGACCGAUGGCUCCACAGCAGUCUAUGAUGGUACCCGGCCAGCAGUACAUCUACAUGGCUCCUCAGCAAGGCUCUCAACAACCGGCAGUGAUGCAAUCAGGACAACAACUCAUCUACUAUCCACAGCACAUGGGACCAAUGGCACCACAGACCGCUCCAGUCUACUUCCACCCGAUGCCCGCUUCCACAAACCCAAUAAUGGGGGAUCAAAUGGGGGUCAUGCAGCAGCAGCCUCAACAACGGCAUAUGGGAAUGGCUCAUGGUAUGGAGAUGGGCGCUCUGCGUGCAGCUCCGUUGUCCUCGUCAACACCAUUGCCGACGAAUCUCGAGUACGAGACAAUGCAACGCGACAACGCUCGAAACAAAAACAUUCAGCUCAGAUACCAUCGGUAGGAAGAGUCGCGUUGGUAAGUUUAUCAAUUCUACAAGUUUCAGAGUUAUGGAGCAUGACGAAGUUCCUUUCGGGGAGGUCUCAAAGAUCACUAGCGACAACCAUAACGAUGACACGAUGAGUGCUGAGAAGGAAAACCACAUUAUCGAGGUUCGAGAGUUUGGUGAUGCGGUUUUAGCAAAUUGUAAUUUACAGCAGCGUGGCGACAAGUUCGCUCGUCGUGGUUACAUGAACCAGGAGGUUGAGAGCCAGCAACCGUCCAACUACAAGACACGGCUUUGCAUGAUGCAUGCUUCGGGAACCAAGCCUUGCGAGAUGGGCUCUCGUUGCAAGUUCGCGCAUGGCCUGAAGGAGCUCCGAUCGGCUGAUGUGGUAGGUGCCUAGUAGUCUAUAAUACCACAGUCGCAUUUGUGUGCAGCCAGUCCGGUAUCCGAACAACAAGUACAAGACCAAGUUGUGCAAAAACUUUGCUCGUGGAGGAACUGGUUUCUGUCCAUACGGUCUCCGUUGCGAAUUCGUUCAUCCAACUGAUAAGGAGUUCCAGAACAUCCCGCCAUACGUAAGAAAGUUGUUGUCAUCAUUUUAGAAAACUGUAUUUUCAGCAGCGGAUGAUGGUCGACGAGAAAGCCUACGAUCAAGAUCUCACUCCAGAGGACUACGUAGUAGCGAGGCAUCAGCCGCGUUACACGCGUACCAAUGGUAGAUCUACGACGCCGACGAAAGUGAUGUUGAAGCACCGCAAUAUUGCUGGGUAUGGCGUGAACUGUGAUCUGAUUCUAUUUUGAUCGUUACAGUUCUAUGAUGUGCUUGUCGCAGACCGGACGUGAUGCCGUGAUGGCUGGAGGCGACUUCACCAAACCGAACAACAGCCAGGAAAAUCUUCCGCCGCACUUGAGACGGUAAUAGUUAAAAGCAUUGUUCUCUCUCAGCUCUCGCUUUCAGAAAUGCUGCCAGCCGUAAUGUUCACCCACCAAUGACUAAACGUCGCAUGUCGCUGAACACAAAGUGGACGUCAGAGGAGAACCUCGGACACCACGGUCAUUAUUAG